GUUUGUCAUCCCAGCUCGAUUUCUAAUGGCGUUGCCAAAAUAUUUUGUAUGAUUUUGUACAUUUAUUUUUUUCGUUAGUCAUAAAAAUAAGUUUAUAAUCAUAUAAUAAUAAUCUAAUCUUCAAUACAUUAUCUUAUUAGAAUGUGUCGAAUAAAUCGAGGAUUGGCGUAGAUCGCAACAAAUCCGAGUCACUGGUACCAAAAAAUGUCUUUCAUUACGAAAAGGGAACGUGUUUUCAAGGAGUUCGACUUGUUUGAUUUGCCAUCGAGGAACGAAGGUAAACUGAAGGCAUACGCAUCAUGCACGGACGCGAGAGCUUGGUCACACUUCUGUUCAGAUAAAACCGAACAUUUAGUUGAAAUAAUAAAGAGGAACAAUGAAAGAUGCAGACCAAAAUACGUGCCAACUGAUGUUAUUGUCGACACGCUUAUGGUCGCUAAAAACACUGAAAUUGCACGACUCAAACGAAAAAUCGAAGAGUUCGAACAAAUGCUAGCAGCUUACGACCAACUGGAACUGUCUUGUGAACAAAAAUGCGAAAUAGCUAAUGCUCACGCCACCAUAAAAGCAGCCAAUAAGGAACUGGAGGAUAUGUUUUUGGAUUUGAACCUCUCUGGCUUCACAGAGAUCGAUUCCGAAGCAUUUGAGACAGGGAAAUCAAGAGGCGAUGAGCUCACUAAAUACAGAAUGGAUGAGACUCCAAAAUCGAAGGACGAGUGGACAUAUGACAAAGAAAAUCGCCCAAGAUUGGAAACUAAAGGCAAUCAAGCUGGCUUCUCUUGCCCCUGUGACGCUAGUACAUCCGCCACUGAUCCGAGGAUUGAAGAAAUGAAAGAAACUAUCAUAACGAAAGAUGCUAAAUUGAGCGCAAUGCAAAACACGAUUGCUGUCAUGGAAAACGAUGUUUGUGAGCCGUAUUGUAUUUAUGCUCAUAUUUACACGGCUUUAGAGAAAAUAUUUGGAAUACUCUGUCAAAAUGAUAAAUACAAACAGUACUUGGAUUUAUUGACCACUGGAAAAGAUAUUCGAAAUAUUGACUUGAAAGGGAAAAUUUUGUUUAAACUGAAAGUACUUGAAAAAUUUAGUCUUGCGCUAAUUGCACCGUGCUCUCAGAAUCAUAAUAAUACAGCUCCAGAUGAUUGUCCUUGUUACAAAACACAAAUCGUUGCACGUCUUGAAACUACCUACGCACUUUCAUCAGAAACUAACCAACCGAACCUUGAUAAUAAAAGAGCGCUACUUAUCGCCGAUAUAAUGGAUAAUGAGGAAAUGAAAGAAAUAUUAAGCAGAGAGAGUGCAAACCUUGACGAUGAAGAUGUAUUGCAAAAUGACAACUUAGACGAGGAUACCUGUAGUAUUGAUGGUGAGAAUUUAAAGCGCCUGAAGAACCUACAAGAGAAUUAUAACGAUUUGAUGGUAUGCUACGAAAAUUUGAAGCACGAGAGGAACUGCUUGCAACUAAAAUGUCAUAAAUAUGAUGAACUGGAAUGUGAACUUCAAGCUUUACGCGCAAGAAUUAGAGAAUACAAUGCACUGUGGUCCGAAAAAGAAUAUUUUAGAAAAAGAUCGGUAGACCUUGAUGAUUUAAAGGAACAUUACUUAGUUCUAUCUAACGAAACAUCAAAUUUAGAAACUAAGCUUAAAAGCGAAAUGGAAAUCAAUAAAAUUAAAACGGAAGCAAUGGAAGGAUUAAGAAAAGACAAUAUUGCACUUGAGAAAAAAAUAAAUGAAAUUGAAAUAUCGUUUGAAAAGGAACGAAACACAUUAGAAUGUAAACUAAAAGAAACAGAAUGUAAAGUUAUGUGCCAAGAGCAACAAAUCAAAAGCUUAAAUGUCCAAAUUGACAAAUUGAUCGAGCAAGAGGAUUAUUCUAACAGCGUUAAUUCUGAUAAAAAUGCGUUAUCAUUACUGAAUCAAAUUGAAUCGUUAAAAGAGGAAGUAUUUAACCUUAAAGAUGCACUCUGCUAUGGCGAAGAAGAAAGACAGACUGCUUUGAGAGAUUUUCAAGAUAAUCUCAAAAUAAUUAAUGAUUUGAAACUUGAGAUUGAGGAUUGGAAAAAUAAAUGUGAAAAGAUAAUGCAGCAAAAUGACGAAUUAGAAAGGUUUACGGAAAAUUACGGACUAGAAGUGCGAAAACUCACCGAAGAAAAUAAAAACUUAUUGCAAGAAAAUGAAGAAAAAUGUUUGGCAGUAGAAAAUUUAAUGAAUAUUGUCAAUACGAAAUCUAAAGAAAUAGACCAUCUGAUAUCAGAAAUCGAUCACAAAAAUAUUAUUAACAAUAAUCUCAUAACACAAGUCGAAUCACACGCCAGUACCAUAGAAAUUUUAGAAAGUGAAAAAACGAGAACUUUGACUUCACUUGAAAUUUCCAAAUGUGAAAGUCAAGAACUAUUAAAACGAACACAAGAUUACGAAAAUUUAGUACAUCAAAACAAUGAACUGUCAAAAGAGCUUAGCGAUCAAGUAGAAGAAUAUAAUAUGCUAAAAGAACAAUUUGAAAGAUUGACUAAGGAUAAUGAAAAACUACAAUAUGAGCUACACGAAAUUGAAAAACUUCAGGAAAUCAAUAAAGCUUGUACAGAUGAAAUUGCUAAAUUGAAAGAUGAAAGAGAUCACUUGAAAACGUCGUUAGUGCUAACAAAAAAAGAAAGUGAGGUUCUAGAUCAAAAAUUAAUGGAAUUCGAAAAUUUAAGGCAACAAUUCCACAACUUAAGGGAAUCCGAGCAAAAACUAUCUAUAGACAAAUAUCAAACAGAAAAUUUACUUGGAGAUGAAAAUAGCGAGCAAGAUACUGCUGGAGAAUCAAUCCAAUUAUACAGUAGAGAAAGUAGUAUUUCAAUUAAAAAACUAUACGACACAGAAAAUUUAAAAGAGGAUAUUUUAAGUUAUCAUGAAUCUUAUCAAAACUUAAAAAAUGAAAACCUCAAUUUGAAGACAAUCAUUUCGAAUCUCGAAAAAGAAAAAAUAAACCUCAUUGAUCAAAUUAGUAAUUUAAGGCAUGAAAAUGAAAAACGUCUUCAUACAGAUGGUCUUGUUUCUGAAUUGGAAGAAGAAUUGAAUAGCAUAAACAAAACAUAUGAAUUGUUGAUGAUAGAAAAAAAUAAAUCUGAAUUGUAUUUGGAAGAUAAAAACAAAGAAGUAAUUAACUUGCAAAAUCAAUUAGAAAGUCGAAUUGCCGAAAACAAACAACUCCGUCAACAAUUAAUAGAACUGGAUUCUGAAUUUUUUAUUUCGAAGAACAAUUUCAAAUCGAUUGAAACAGAAAAUGACGAACUUCAGAAGGAAAAUGAGAAAUUAACUGUAUCGAUUAGAAAAUUUGAAAGUGACCUUAAUCUAUUACAAAAAGAAUAUGAGGCGGUGAAGAUGGAGAGGAAUCAAAUCGAAAAAGUAUAUGAAACGCUCCUGGUAGACUUGAAUACAGUUAAGAAAGAAAAUGAAGAGCUUGCCCAACAAAGUCAAACAUUGUUUUCUCACAAUGACGACUUGGAAAAUGCUUUAAUUAUGGAAAGAUCACUGGUAAAGUUAAAACCAGAAUUCCUAGAAAAUUCAUAUGAGGAAAUUAUUCGAGAAAUUAUAGAGUUGAAAGACCAAAAAAUUGGAACUCAAAAUAAGAUAAGGGAACUAAUGGAUAAAUUAGAGGAAUCAGAAUACAUCAUUUUAAAAUUAACUGAAGAGGUUGUAGCUCGCAAUCACAAGAUUAUAAUAUUAGAGAAUCAUAUCAAUGAGGUUGAAGACGAAGUCAGAAGAUUGCAAGUAUGCGUAAGUGAUGCUAUAAUUGCUGGAGAACAAAUUAGAGAAAACAGUAUUCAGAAAAUCGAUGAAUCUGUCAAAGCAGUACAUGCACACCAUUCCAAAGCUACUCACAACAUAAGAAUGGAACUUGAUAAAUUGAAAAAUGAGAACAUUUUACUAGAGCAAAAAUUAUCGAAUACAAAAUUAGAUUACUCAGAUUCAUUCAAUAGCAGGAAUGAAAUAUUAUCAAAUAUGAAUCGUCUUCAAAAUGACAAUGAAAUAAUUAUUACCGAUAUUAAACAAAUAGAAUUGGAAUAUAUUGGUGACAGUGAAUUAUCACCUGAAAAGUGUGAUGCAGUAGACGUUUUACAUUCAUUGGAAAGGAUCCGUAAUUAUAUGGAAACAAAAAAAUCUAAAAACAUAAUUUUAGAGCAAACUUUACUAAAAGUCCAAUCAUCUUCGCAGUUGCUACUCUGUAAAGCAGAUGAAGGAAAGAGAAUAGUCGAAGUUGAAAAACAAAAGAUCAUAACUGAAAAGGAGGAAGCUAUAAAGCAAAGACAAGAUUUAGAAGCAAGUCUUUUAGAUUUAAAGCAGAAGUUAGAAAAACAGAUUUCCACGGAUCAAGAUGUAAUAAAAGAUUUAGAAGCAGAAAUUUUAAACAAAGAUCUCAUUAUUAAUAACAUAAAUAAGUCUACAGAAAGUUAUAUAACAGAACUUAAAAAUGAUAUAAAUUCAUGGCAAGAACUCUAUGAAAAUGCAACACGAGAAUUAAAACAUUUACAAGAGCAAUUACAAAGCAUUUCAGAUGAAAAUAAUAAAUACUUUCAAGAAAUUAUGACAGCAAAUAAACAAUUAGAGGUAAAAAGCAAAGAGAUUUCAAGUCUUCAAAAAUCUUUAGAAGACAUACAAAAUCAAACAAGUCAUUUUAUUGAAGUAAAUAAUUUAAAAUUAGAAGAAAAAUCCGAAGAAAUUGCUGAGCUACAAAAGACGAUUGAAAAAAUAAAAAAUCGCUCCUUCACAUGUAUUGGAACAAAUACAUCUGGUAUAAAUUUAGUACGUGACGACAAUCUAGAAAUAAAACAAGAUAAAGCCCAACAAGUGGAUGGAAACGUUAACAUCAACAUCAAAGAAAAUCGUGAUAGAACAGCCUUGGAGAAAUUAUUUUAUGAACGUUCUUAUCAAAAAUUACAAACUUUAAAGGCCAUUCAGGUCACAAACAUAAGUGUACAACCAAAAUUUGAUGCUCGUAAUUAUUCAAACUAUAAAUCUGAGAAAUCUGUGAUUGACGAAACAUCUCUAAUUGACAUAGUGGAAAGUGAAAAUACUUCAAAAGACAAUGGCCCUAACAAAUCUGUUGUAAAUCUACAAAGAAAGGUAUCGAAGCCCCUGAAUUACAACGAUACAUCAAAAAAUAGUUCUUCUUUAGAUAUACAGCCUGUGAAACAUAUUAUCAAUGAUAUAGAAAAUACAGCAGAUUUUAAAAAUAAUUACGAAAGUGAAAUUAAAAUUAACGACAUUGAACAAAAUGAUGAGACAAAAAGAAAAAUACCGGAAUCUGUUCAUUCAACUGAUAUGUUUAUUGUAUACAAAAGUAGUGAAACUGAUACUCCUAGUACGGGAAGGUCCAAAGAACCAACUUCUUGGCCACACCACUAUAAUUCCGAAGUAGUAGAAACUUUAAAAAUCCAUCCUAAAAACCAGAACACAGCUGACUAUCGUUCUAGAAAACGUGAACCAAGCACGAAUACACAGACUAAUGAAAAUAUAGGUACCAAACGUGGUAUUAAUGUGAAGUUGCCUCGUGUUGAACUAAUAAACUCAUCGCAGUCAUUGUCCCUGAAAAGUGAAACAAGUUCUUCAGAUACAUUUCAUAUGGCAAAACCUUCGGAAACGACAUUCUUAAAUUCAGAGGCUAUCGAAAAACCUCAAAAGACAGAACUCGAACCAUCUAACAGUGAUCAAGAAAAAGUGAAUUCUAUUUUUGAUAGUAUUUAUUCCGAAAACUAUCAAAACAAUAUAAAAAAGAGUAAUAUCAGCGGCCAAACAAUCUCAUUGGCCAAUGAUACCGAAACUCUAAAUGUGACUUCUAGACCUAAUAGCUCCGAUCUGGCAGUAAAUCCUUUAAACAAUAAUCUUCAAACAAAGUCUAAAUCGAAAAAAUCCGCACAAAAUGAAUUGAGAACUAAAAUCGCAUUAAACUAUGUUCUCGAUACAAUUGAACUAGACAGAAAUCUUAGGAAUACCGAUAACGAAAAUUCAUAUUCCACAAGGAAAACUCAAAGUGCUUCUAUAGUAAGCUUCUCUUUAUUAGAUUUCAAUGAUGAAAGCAAUCUUUCUUCAGUUAGUUCUCGUAAUGGAAUUAAAACUAUGGCUCAUAACCUCUCUAAAAAUCAAUUUCUUAAGUUCAAAGACCAGGGAGUAUUGGUAAGACUGGAUAAUUAUGAAAAAUACGAGCAAGAAAUUGAUGCAUUAAAGAAAACAUUAAAAAACACGGAAGAGGACUUUAAAAAGAAACUUGACGCUUUAAAACUGCAAUACGAUAACAACAUAAAGAAUAUUAAAAAAGAGCACGACAAUGGAGUUAAUAAUUUACAAAAUCUACACGAAGAGACGUUGCAUGAUAUUAUUAAAAUACGCGAAAAUGAAAUUGAGAACUUAAGGACAUUAAGUAUUGAAGCAAUGAAGAAGGCAGACAAACUAGAGAAGGACAAUAGUUUGCUAAAACAUCAGGAGCAGUAUAACGGUCUAGCUUGUUUCGACGAGGAUCAGGAGGUUCCUUCAGAAUCCAAUAGUCAAAAAAACACACGACUUCAACGAAAAGUUCUCACGCAGACUAAUGUCGAAGCGUUUGACGUGAAGCCAAAAACACGUAUACAUGGCCCUUGUACAUGCAGCUUGGAUGUGAACAUGUCCGAUACUAUACGAAAUAUAUUUCAGCAAGUUGACAAUGAUCAAAGGAAAUUGGCCGAGCGCACGUAUCUAAAAUACAUUUUGAACAAAAUUUUAAAUGACAGCGUAAAGUCGCUUGACGCUCAAGAACUAUCUUUCUUACAUUUGAAAAUAUGUCGUACGUGGAAAAUGAAAUUGAAUAAGGAGGAGGCCUUCCAAAUGAAAAUCAAUACAUUGGAAUCGGAGCUGUUAACUAAACAGAAACAUACACAGCAGCACAUUGCAGAUCUUGAUCGUAAGGUAGCACAAGAGAGGAGAGCGUUACAAGAGAUCAGGGAAGCCGUAUUCAGGAGCAACCCGAGGUCACGUUCUACGAGUCCGAGGACGGAUUUCGGCAUCAAAACUUCAGCACCAGCGGAAUCCAUUACAAAUAAUAAUUUGGACUGCACUUGUAAGAUUGGAUGCGGAAUUGUCAGAAAACGCGAGAGACGAGCGGCCGGAGACAUUGCCGCUACAUUGUUGAGCGUUAAGUCGCGACCGCGUCGAUCCAGGGCUGAGAGCAACAGGGCGGUUAUUCCAAACCUGAAUUUUGAGGAAAGCCGCAAAAACAAUGCUUACGAACACGACGAACGUCCGACGCGUCUCCGCAAAAAUGAAGAUAAACAGAAACACUACCACAAAAAAUAAUUGUAUUCAUCUAAAAUUAUCUGGUUUCUUGACUGUGUGUUUGUGUGUAAUUUCUAGAGUAAAAUUAGAAAGUAGGUGUAUGAAAAUUUCACAGUGUAAUAUUUAUAAUGUCAUCCUAAAAAUACGUCUAAUGUUUCGAAGUUUUUUUUUACUAUUUAUUUACUAAUGUUCAAAGUUAUAUUACUUGAAAAUUAAAAUACAUAUUUUUUGUGAUGUAAAGUAAAAUGUGUGUGUGUAGUUUGUAAAUUAAGAAAUAAAUUAAUAAAUUAAAAGUUGAUUUUCAAA